AUGCAUGCAGAUGACGAUUAUGAUGACGAUGGACCAGACCUGGAGCUGCUGGAACUGCUCAGGCAGUCCCUCGGCCUGGGAGAACGCACCUCAAAGACACCGCCACCAGCAGAGACAAAGGUGCUCGAGGGCGCGAAGUUCAUCUUUGACAACGCUAUAGAUGUUGCCCUUGAUCCAAAGGGAACGAAGUCCGCUGCCAGGACCAUUUGGAAGACGAUGCAGGCAAAGGAGUACUCGACUGAGUCAUGGUCAGCUCACGAGCUGCAUCCAAAGGCCAAAGACGAAUCCACUGUCAACUUUAUAUUUACCAUGGAUCUGCUUAACUUCAGCUUCUGGUCUGAGCUGGAUGCUUCGAAGAGAUUCGCGAUUGAGUAUCGCGGUAGGAAGUGGACUGGUUAUUGGAGUCUGGUCGCUGCCCUGCAGAGGGCUCUUGAUGAGGAGAUACCCAUUACGAGCUCCGACUUUUGGCAGGAUGAAAAUGAGUGCACGGAUGAAGUGUUGAGACAUGUUUUCCGGUCCGCCACAGACGAGGAAAUUCCUCUCCUCCAGGAACGCAUUGCCUGUCUACGAGAAGCAGGAUCAGUUCUUUACGAGAAAUAUGAAUGCAGUUUCACCAACUGCAUUGCAGAAGCAAAUGGCUCAGCAGCAGCUUUGGUCAAUCUCCUGGCUCAAAACUUCCCAUGCUUCAGAGACGAGACCGAGUUCUGCGGAAAGAGGGUCAGGUUCUACAAGCGGGCUCAGAUCCUCGUUGCUGAUCUAUGGGCUUGCUUCCAAGGCCAGAGCUACGGAGAGUUUCAUGAUAUUGACAAAAUAACCAUGUUUGCCGAUUAUCGUAUCCCUCAAAUGCUUAACCAGCUUGGCUGCCUGCUGUUCUCUCCUCCCUUAGAGAGUGUUAUUCGGCAGCGCAAGCCCAUACCUAGCGGUCAUCAGCGAGAGGUCGAGCUUCGUGGUGCUAGCAUCUGGGGCGUCGAACUAAUACGGCGAGAAAUACAAGAGCUCCAGCGGCAAACGAACGGCCAUCAUGAAACCGAUACGUCCAAGCCUCUACAUAUCAAUGCCAUCUUGAUUGACUUUUUCUUGUAUGAUCUGGUCAAGGAUAUGGAGGCGGGCGGGAAAGAGACUAUCCCGCAUCACCGGACGAGGAGCAUCUGGUACUAA